AUGAAUUCACGUCAAGAAUUCACCGAAAAACAUUACAUCCCACUAGUUCCACACUCGUUUCUAUGGUUUCCAGAUGUGAGUAAACCGUUGAAAAGUUAUCAACCAACAGUAGUGCAUCAUCAUCAUCAUGAGAAUAAUCGUAAUUAUCAUUCUCAUCCUCAUCAAACAGAUGAUUUCAACAGAAACAAACCAUCUACAUCGCAUUAUUCAGCUAGCAGUUCUUCAUGGAUAACCGCUGGACAAAAGUCGUUACGAUCUAAGUAUAAAUUGGAUAGAUUUAAUACUCAUCACAAUAACAGUAAUAGUAAUAAUAAUAAUAAUAAUAAUAAUUCACUGGUUGAACUCAUCAACCAUAAACAUUCAGUACAAACAAUACGAAUAAGGAAACAUUUAUACAAUAAUAAUCAUGCUAAUAAGAGAUUCUCUUAUACGAAUGGAAACUAUGCACAGGAUCGAUUAUCAAUACGUGGGAAUAAUAAUAAUCAUAAUAAUAAUAAUAAUAGAGGAGAUACAUUGAGUCAGAUGAAUACAAUUCAUUGUGAAAGUUGGCAUGAUAGACAUAAUGAUGAUGUUGAUGACGAUGGUGAUGAUGAUGACGAUGACGUCAGAAUUAAU